AUGGACUCGGAGAGCGACAUCGAGCUGAUGGAAGAGUACGACCUGGAGGCGACGUCUGAAGGCACCGGUUCGUCGGAAGCUGACUCGGAGAUGGAACGGGGAGGUCGACGCGCUUUCCAGCUGAACAAAGACGCCCACCGCUCUGGAAGUGAAGAGCUAGAAGGUGAUGAAGACGAUGAGAGGGAGGCAGGAGAUGAGCAGUAUGCGGCAUUGAGAGCAACGGUUGUAGAUAUCGUCUCUGCCAUUGGAGGCCUGGAAGAGACCGACACGCCGGAUGGCAUUCGUCUGGUCUACAUCGUUGGCGAUGACGUCUUGCGUAAGUGCCUUUGCAUUCGCAAGCAGCGCCCGCCCAGUGCACUUCUCACGCUGUGACGUCUUUACUUUCCAUGGCUUUCUUAUGUCGCUGGCCGCAGGCUGUCUUCGAGACUUGCGACAGCUCUGGCGUCAGGACGAAGACGAUCCUUCGCGCCUAAUUCCUCGAGUUUACGCCGAGCUCAAUGUGCUGCAAGGGGGCCUGCUGCCACUACUGCUCAAGGCGGUCGAGCUCGGGGGACGAGGCAUGAAAAUUGCUUUGGCUUGCGGUGAGCUUUUGCGUGGCGCACGCUUGAUCACGCCGGCAGUCGGAUGGCGAGAUGCUGAUCUUGCGUAGGAUGCCUCUGCGCAGUGGAUCUGAUCACAACUUUGACAUGGCCUGUGGACGCAAUGGCCGAAUUGAGAGCGGCGAAGGAGCAAGACGAAGACGAUCAUCGCAUAGCUGAGCUCUCAAAGAUCAUCAUCUUGGAGCGCGCUUUGCAGCGCUACAAGGGUGACAUACUCAUCACACGCCUUGGCGAGUCUCAUGGCUCGAAACGUGAUGUGCUCUCCACGAUCAUGAUGCACGUGCUCCUGCCAGCCCUUUCCAAGCCUCGUCCAAACCGCACUGACAGAGACACUGGCACGAUCAGCAUGUGCAUGCACCUCUUCCGGAAUCUGCUGGCUAUCAGAGAUCCCCAAGCUACAGCUUUGAGCAGUGCUGACGUCAUCGCGGCUGCCAGAACCCAGAGCGACCUAAUCGUAUCUAUGCACUCGGCACACAUCCUGGACGCCAUACUCACCAUGGCUAGUGGAGCAGAAACGCGAGAUCUCGAGCCUUGGAGUAGCGUUGCCGGGGAAUGCAUUUACCACAUCUACUCGGGCUCUCGACCUGCAGCAUUGGUCGGCGACCUUUCAGGCAUUGCGCCCGAGUCGACUGAAGCUGGGGCUGCUGCCUCAGUACUGUCGCGGAGGCCCCCGCUCACCUCUCUCGACGUGAGCACAGCUCAUAGCAGCUCAUUGUGCACGGCCUCCCACUGACUCAGAAACCUGCUUCGAUUGACAGAACAAAUCUAUGCGGCCAUCUGCGCUUGCCUCUUCCUUGGAUGGCGAGGCCCGUCAGAAGAAGUCGCAGUUGCUAGCAACCGCAAAUACACGUCACUCUCGCUUUGGAACUGCGAUCAACUUCACAGGCUCAGACGGCCAGCGAAGAGUAUCACGACAGCAGAACGCGUUUCGCAAAACGGCUGACGAACUUAUGACCGAGACGUUGCUGAAGUACAAGCGCAAAGUCCGUAGACGCAAGAAUGCUAAUGAGCAGGGAGCGCCGCGUCACAAGUCCGAGUGGACCAAGCAUGCGAAAGCGGUUCUGCUCGUAUGGACAGAAAAGUUCUUUAGAAUGGGAUUCGAGCGUAAGUGAAGUCGCGUUCUCCCGGGGCGGAGACAGCAUGCAGCGAUGACCGCUUACAAUCCUGUCAACGUCUGCUUACACAGCGCUCACGCGUGCUGUGCUCAAGGACAUUCGACGCGAAAGUGCCAAGGUCGGCAACAUUGAAGAGGCGCGUGUCCGAGCCAUGGAGAUGUCCGUCUUCUUCUUGGAUUACUUCUUGAUGCAAUACUCGGCAGAGGCGCUACGAUCACGCGAACGUAAAGACCGCGAGAAGGGCAUGCGAGCAGCAGACAAAGGCAAAGGCCGCGCUGUGGACACCGACGAGGAUGCUCAGCAAGAAGAGGUCCACAAUCACGAGGCGCAGACAGAUGAUGGAAAAGGUCACGCAGGAACUUGGGACUUCGGCCAAAUCUCCUUUUGGCUUGAACACUGGUCUUUCAAGAUGGCAACCUUGCGCGCCGAAAGCUCACUCGAGAAGCGUGAAUGGCUGGAGUACGUGACUGCCGUCCAGCUUUGGACGUGCCUUUUACGUACGGUGGACGCCAUGUCUCGAAGCUCGAGCGAGCAUCAAAGAGACCUGGCCGAAGGUCUGCAAACGCAACUCUAUUACGAGAGUAGCACGUUGGCGCUCAGCCAGACAAUCAUGCGGAGCUACAAAUCCGCAAGAAGCUUUGCUUGUCUUGAAGCGACUGUUGCGUUUGCGUACACAAUGCCGCGCAUGCUGGAGCGCUACUCCUCCGACAAAGAUAACCUCUACGUGAGGGCGAAAUCGCGCGUGGCAAAGGCUAAAGCUCGUGCGGCACAAGGGGAAGCAGAUGAUCAGGAGGUCGCGGAUUUGGAGAAGUCAGCGAAAGACCAUGCUGAAGUCGUCUACAAAGAACGACGCUUCGAGUUUGACAAGUACCAGUCGCAUAUGUGCGCAUCUGAAGUGGCAGCUGCCGCCGUUGACUAUCUGAGCAGAUGGCGCGACUUCGAAGCGCCACAGGAGCAGCUCUCGGCGGUCAUCGGGGUGAUCCACCGGAUUGCCAUUCGUGCGGCGAAGGUACAGCUUUUCUAUCCAUUCUUCCAUCGUCAGACACUGCGGACUCUUUCAGAGGGGCCAAUGCUGCCGGCUUUGGAGGGCAAAGCACCUAGUGCAGUCAAAGAUGCUCGCAAGAUGAUCCAAUACAUCAUGCACAAGUUUGACAAGCUCUCUGCAGAGGAGAAGCAGCACUACGAGAUGGACAAGACGCCACCCAAGCCUGUGAAAGAGCGCAAGAUGAAGCGAGAAAUCGCCAUCACACCUUCCCAGGGACAUAUCGAAGACAUUCGAAUCGCCGUAUCCCUCCUACUUGAGCUGAACAAGAUUCGCACCGUCAAUUGGAUUAGGGAAGGGUUGGAAUUUGCAAGUUCUGAGCGCGCACAGAUCAUCCGGGAUGCGGAAGCCGAAGAUUAUUCAACGGAGCAACCAACUCUCGAGACGCUAACUAAGUUUGCUGACUUCCGUGAGUAGUGGAGAGCGAAAUACCUACGCUGCUUAAAGAGGUCGUUGAACGCAAGCAAGCAUCACGUAUUUCAUCAGGCAUGCAAUACCCCAAUGAAGACGUCGCGAAUGACGCAACUUAUCUGCCGGAAGCCAAAAUGCUGUGUCGUCUCGUAGGUCUGUCCAGUGAUGAUGGCGAAAUAGGAGGAUGGCGCUGGUGGGUGCCUGCAAGCCUCUUGCCAUCCGAUCUAGAUCAGGACGCCAACUACAUCGACGAAGGAAUUCGCUUCCGAUUUGAUACUGGAGGACUUCCCCUCCGAUCGUUUGUCAAACUUGUGCCCAAGCCGCGCGCUCCUCGGCAAGCACGUGGCAAUAGAUCAGGGUUUUCAGAUGAGGAGGGCUCGCAUGACGAUGCUAGAAGAGCGAGCAGCGUCAUUGCGACAAGCGACGAAGAGGGCGGGGAUGCGUCGACCUCAAGAAAGCACGCGAUCCAGAAGUCUCGAGAGGCUGCCAGCGCUCGCAGACGCACUCGAGGCGGAUCAGGUCAGCCUCGCAAGAAGAAUAGACUACCUGCAUGGACAAGGGGCGAUUUCAUCGAGGACUCGGACGAGGAAAUGGAGGCGGUUGCGAGGCUCAUCGCUCAGCGCGACGCUUCGAACGCUCAGUCGGGCAGCCUUGGCAACCAUGCUUCCGAUGCUGAAGAACAUGGAACGGAGCAAGGUGGGACCAUACGGCGAGUACGAAGCACCAACAGCGACAUCGACGAUGCGUCAGACAGCGAUGAAGCUGGAUCACCGCGGCGGCAUCUUCACAGGCGCGACUCCUCAAAUUCGAGCGGCCGUAGCAAGUCUGGCUCCACCCCAGCUACAAGCUCACCGGCUGCGGAAAUAUCUGGACUUGUCCGCAAAUCAGGCAGUUCAAGUCAACACGGUGACAGAUCCAGUGGAUCGAAUGCGAGGAAUGGUAACGGUCUUUUCCUAGGGCCAGAGGAGAGCGAUGUUGAAAUGCAAGGCCAAGAGACGGACGAGGAGUCGGUGUCGGCGCUUCAAAUGGGUAGCACUGCAUCGCGCAAGACUGCCAGCAAGCGGGGAGCUUUGCUGGACAGCGAAGAUGAACAGGCGGACAGCUCGCUCGAAAAAGCAACCGGAAGAUUGUCGGUCUCGCCGAUCAAGACGCAAGCUCAUGCCAAACGUAGACGCGCUAUCAUCGAAUCGGAGGAUGACGAGUAG